AUAGAUUUAAAAUUUGGGGUACCUAUACGCACAACAUACAAAAACAAACAACAAUCUUCAAGUUAUUAACAAAAACCAGACAAUCACAUCAAAUAUUGUAUAGUUCCAUAUAGUUCUUCAAUUUUCUAUUACGCGUUAAAUGAUGUUUCGUUUAAAUUUGCAACGCAUUCAGGGUUGUUUCAUGAGUAGUUUGAGAGGAUCAUUUCGACGGCGUCCAGUUGUGGGCGCUGCGUGUGUUAAGCUGGCGGCGAACAACGAGGUUGUCUGCAGCAGCGGUUGGCUGUGGAAGCGCCUGAUCAGUCAGUAUCAGUUUCGCACCAAGAAAGAGGUGUACUAUCCAGAUCGCAAGUCGGAAAUGAAACGUCCGACGACAGCCAGGCAGGCGCUCACCUUGAAGCCGCAACAGCAUCGCGGACUGCCCAAGGAUUACUAUUACAAGGUGCUGGGUGUGAAUAGGCAUGCGACUAUACAGCAAAUACGCAGCGCCUUCUAUGCGCUGGCCAAACGCUAUCAUCCGGACUCGACGCACUCCGAGGAGAAACUGAAGCACUUCCAGGAGCUCUCCAAUGCCUACAACAUAUUGACGGAUGAGACAAAACGCUUGGAAUACGAUCAGCUGGGCGGCAUUAAGGAUGAGCAGGCAUUUCUCGAACAGGCUGGCAAUCCCAUGAACAUCGAUCUCGGCUCAAGGAAACACGAUGCCAGUGGCAAAAGUCCAGAUGAUAUUAAAAAAUUAACUGGCGGCGAGUUCGAUUUACCCUUGACCUUUCUGGAGGCGACGGUUGGCUGUAAGAAGCGCGUUGAAUUGCGUUAUUUGCGCAAAUGCGAAAGCUGCAAGGGCAAGUCCCAGCUGAUGGCCAAUCGAGAUCUGGGCAAGGAGCCGUGCCGGCGCUGCAACGGCACAGGGAAAGUGACCACAAAAACAGUGACUUUUACCGCGGUGAACACCUGUGGCCAGUGCAAGGGCAAGCGGUAUAUUAAUCGCAAUGAUUGCGAGACCUGUGAGAAUCGUGGCUAUGUAACGGGCAAUGUCGAGGUGCUCAUUGCCGUGCCAUCCGGCUCGAUGGCCGGCGACGUGAUCCAAAUCGAUAAUCCGAACACAAAGCAACGGGUUAACUAUACCCUAAAGGUGCCACCAAGUGAUUACUUUCGUCGCAUUGGCAAUGAUAUACACACGGACAAGCAUCUGAACAUCUCGGAUGCCAUACUGGGCGGCACUUUCUCGGUGCGCGGCCUUUACGAGAACGUCGAGGUACGCGUCGAGGCUGGCACCCAGUCCCACACUCAGGUGGUGCUGCACAACAAGGGGGUGCGGACGCGUGACGGUGUCGGCAAUCACAUUAUCACAUUGAAGGUGCGCAUACCGCGCAAUCUAUCCAUGAAGCAGCGACAGCUUGUCUUGGCCUUGGCACAAGCUGAGGAUCCGGUGUUUGAGUUCCAUAAGAGUGGCGUCAGGAAGAUGAAGAAUUAAAUGAGGGAUCGUAUAUGUGCAUACGAAACUUGUUCAAAAAUUCUCAAUGUAAACAGCUAAUCAAUUUCACAGUAAACUUGGGAUUUGUAACAUG